AUAUAUAAAUACACAUGAAAGAAAGAACGACAUGUGCACAUAAAUAACGGAUUGUAAAUCCACGACAGGCAGAAAAUCGCGAGCGACGUACGACGAAUAAAUAAAGCGAGAAAUUGUGCUGCAUACACGGCGUAAAUUGAGUGUACACGAUGACAAUAGAGCGGCGAAAUAAAUAAAAAUACAGGAUGCAAGUCGGAAAAACGCGACCAAAAUCUUGCGCAAAACAAUGUAAUAUUUCGAUUGUCACGGUGGAUACAUCCGCGCGAAUGGAAGGUAUAUAGGAUAACGCGAUGAAAAAGAAAAACACGAUGAAAAACACAACAGUCUUUUUGAGCCAGCAGUUGAUAUAGUCAGUAUUAUUAGUGAACGUCUGACGCACGUUUGAACAGCGAGACGGGAAUAACGCUUGAUGAGUGUCGUCGGUUAUAUGCAGCAAACCCAAAGCGAAAUCCAAUGAAUAUUUAAGUAAAUAAUCAACAAACAAACAAAAAAAACGUAGAUCGUUUCAAACGAAGUAUAAACGUAAAAAUGAAUCCACCGCAGAGAAAAUUGUAAGAUAUUUAAAAUACCUUAAUUAGCGCGUACGUGUAAACACUGUAUGAUUUGGCACGUAUAUAAGUAGGUAUAUACAUAUGCAAUUGUGGGCGCGACGGUUUCUUUCGUUCUCGCAUAGUAAGUGUAUAAAUAAUAAAAGUAUUAAACGCGUAAUAAGUCAUAGUUGACGAAUGUUCUGUAUCUAGAGAAAAAUAACGAGGCAGUAUACCACAGCGUGAAAUAAGCUUGAUGAGUUUUUUCCCCAUUGUCUGUACUGUAGCGUUGAAAUUACACGAACACACAUUACACACCGCUUCAUUAAUUCCUCGUAGAGAUCUCGAAUUGGAUGAGACAGGGUUGAAUCGGUUAAAUUAUGAGAUGAUUUUAAAAUGUUACGUUUUGUUGUGCUUUCGAUUUAUUAGAGAUAUCUUUUGUUGAUGUGUUAGAGUAGAUUUUAACGAGUGUAUUACGAGAAAGGGAAAGGAAAGUUUGCGUUGCUUGUUGAUACAUUUUUAUGAGAUUCGAUGCAUUUAGUCUGAUUCAAUCCGCACGCAAAGACGUCGAUGGAAGAGCGUUGCGCGCACGGUGAUAAGCCUGGAGCAUAAUAUACAAGUAAUUAAUUGUUGUCGCAUCGCGAGCAUGCACAUUGACCAAAUUAAGAAAAAAAGGAAUUUUAAAAAUAAAAUUCGUCAGUACGGUUGGGUGAUAAUCUCACGAAUAACUCUGUUUACAACGUCAUCGCUCUUCGCUAUAUGAAAACGAAAGCAUUAUAAAUUUCCAUUGAUCAUUAUGUACUAAUAAUCACUGUAUGCGCGUCGCCAGCUGUGUGUUGUCCGUCGAUGAAUGACUCUAGAGAGCGUCGAACAAGUGGGCACUAGCAAAAAGAAGAAGAAAUACAAGUCUUUGAUUUCCCCUUUGAGAUUCAUCUUUUCGAUACGUAACGUUAAGUGCGAGAACCGAAUGCAGUAUUUCACGGGAUUUGAACGUUUCGCGGAAAACUGCAAGCACUCGGUUCUCAAAUAGUCGAGCGAGGAAUAAAUCAUUCGUAAGAACAAUCACAUAACAGUUCUAUUAAGAGUUGAAAUGCCAAGUACUGAUUAUAUAAGGUGCUGAUAAAAAAUAUAUAUAUUAAAUAAUAUAUAAAUAUAAUCUCAUUUAUCGCAUAAUCGUCAGUGCCCAUAACUUCGAGAAACGCGCGACAAAGGUCAUUUUAGCCGGAGGUGUAGAAGUACUAAAUAAACGCAUUUUCUGUAAAGCAGAAUAAUAUGAAAAAAAAAGAAAAAUAACAGUAAAACUGAAGGAACAAAUGAUGCUAAAGGAAGCACACUGCCGCAUUUUGUAAGUCGACUGUUGUCACAUGUGUAUACUUGUAACCUAUAUGCUAUAUAAACUUAUAUUAUAUAAAUAUAUUUAAUUCAACUCAAAGACCGAAUGCGUUGGAAAACGAAAAUUGGUCGAUCAACCAAAGAAAACUAAGACUUUCUCAGUAUAAUUAUAUAUGGCGGCGUUUUACGAGUCUCUCGAAAGGUAAAACCACAAUAACGAUAUGAUAUACGUCGGACAAUACAAAAUAGUAACGAAAACACGAUGAUGUUACAAUAAAGCUAAUAAUUUGCUAAGGUAUUUAUCGAUACUAACUUGCACUGGAUCCAAUUGCUCUCGUAUGUAUACUCGACAAAAGUAAGAGAACAUAUACGUAUGAUAUAUUACAUGGGAGUUUGAAAAACUUUCGAGUGGCUUCGUAAUCGUGUAUAGUGGAGAUUUUUCGCGCCAAAUGUAUAUUUAACAAAGCAACGCGUCAAUUUGGUUAGUUUUCUGUAGUUUCGAUUUUUCACAGUCUUAUAUACGUAUAUAGCUAUAUUAAAUAUAGGUAGUCCUAUUAAAAAAAAAACAUUCUGAGCGCACACUUUCGAUAUAAUUAUGUAUGUUAAACGAUUUUGUACAGUAACACGAGCAUACCCUCCCGUUAAAGUUGAGAGAAAUAAAAGGCAUGGAUAAUAUGCGCGCGGGAUGUGAAAAUUGUAAAGGCACGCAAAGAACUAUAAAAUGUUUAACCGUAUUAGAACGUUGGUAUAUUAAGGUAAUUAUUAUUUUAAUAAAUUUUCGUUGAAAGUACUAAUGGAAAAACUAAAAUAACGCGCGAGAGACGGUAUAUAUUAACUUAAAUGUAUACAAUAAAAUGGAUCUCAAACUGCUGUUGAAAAUAGAGAUAUCGUAUGAGAAAAUUUAUGUUCUUGUUAAUAUAAAUAAAAUGAUAAUAUGAUGGCAUGUUCACAAAUAUUUAAAUAAUUUAUCGAGUAUAAAGCAUUGAACUUCAGUUUUUGAAUCAUACAAAAAAAGUAGUAUGAAACAUUUUAUUAUUGCGAAAAAUUUGUCAGCGGGAUUUGCAAUGGUUACGAAGCAAGAUGAGAAAUCGCAUACACGAGAAGGGAAACUGGGUAAAUAAAAAAUUUUAAUUAUUUCCAUCGUCAAUAUGUGAUUGCGCAACAAAAUUGAUACCUUUAUUACGAUUUUUUAAUCGUCUCCUUUUUAUUGAAAUGCAAUAGCACUACGUGUAAUGUCCCAAAUGAAUGCUGUGUGUUCGACGAGAAUAUUACACUGUUUUUACUGCUACUUUAAAUCCAUCACGUUUCCAUGAAUUUUUGUAAAAAGGUUUUUUUGCAACGAAUAAGUUCGAUUUUUGUCUUCCGCCUUAUUAGUAAAAAAAACAAAGCGUUUAGUUCAUCUUUUUGAAAAUGACUCGAGUAUAAACUCGAUGGACCACAAUUUAAUACACACAAAUAAUAAAAAAAAAACAAGCAUUUAAGCGAAUAAGACCUUCUUACCGAUUUUUCUAAAAUUAAUGUUACAAACGUUAACGAUUACUUUCCAAAUAGGUCGUUAAUCCCAAUGGACUUCUAUACACCUUUGUGAAUACAGAAAACGGAAAGAAGUUCGACGUUCAGUGAGGCGCGUAAUUAUAACUAAAAACUAUUGUUCGAUGAAAAUAAAAUCUAGAUGAAUUCGCUACGAUAAGACAUACAGUAAGCAUCUACGAGUCGAACUUUUCUCGAAUUUCUCCUUGAAGACAAUUUAUCUUGCAAUCUUUAGGUAAAAGAUGCUAUAAGAGCACGUAGAAGUUACCAAGCUUUGAAAUGAAAGAUUUUUUAACCAAAAAAUACAUAUACCUAAAGAUUAUUUACUCAACUUUAAAUUUUUAAAAGCGUUUAGCCUUUCGAAUGACGUAUUUCAAUAGAUAAAGAGAAAACGAUUUUUACGAAUCACUGUCAGUUUGCUCUCUGGGUCCAAGUGAUUAACGGUGUUCGCUGAAAUUACACCUUGAAUUACUCCGAAACAUUUAAAAAGUAUUUGUAAUGAUAAAGGCACUGAUUCGAUAAGUGUAUUCAAUUAGGUCGGAUAAUUGAGAACUAAACUGUAGCUUUUUCAUUGCAUCUGUCGCAGCCACUCCUCAUUCAACGUACGGUCUAAUUUCCAACGUUUUCUGUUCUCGCCGUUCUUAAAGGAAAGCUGCAAACCUAAUACUUCUAAAAAAAGCAAAAGACAAAAAAUACAAAGCAUCUGUCGAACUGAUAAUAUUUUUUUAAUUUGAUAAAGCAAACUCUGUUAAACUUAAAUUUACGCGAGAAAACAAUAAAUAAAAUAAUAAUACGACUUAAAUAAUGAAAAGGGAAAAAUGUCAGAGAAUCUUGAAAAAUAGAGUUAUUAAAGUUUAAACUUGAGCUUGAAAGAUGGAAACUUUAACCUGUACAUAUACACACAAUUCUGGUGAUUUUUCAAUAAUCGAGCUCUGGGCGAUUUUUUCGUCGUCGCCGAUUGAAAAUAUCAUUCACACAUAGCGUGGCUUUGUGCGUGUCUCUAUUACAAAAAAUAGCAAAAAAUAAUUAUAAAAAAAAUAAUAAUAAAGUGUCAAAUGCUCCCCUUCUUAAAAAAAAAACUAAUAACGAAAAUAAGAAAAAAGGAAUAAGUAAUUAACGAAAAACAUAUCCCCUCACGUUUGUUGAUUCCUCUGAUGUGCAUUAUAAGAGUAGAACGAAAAAUCGGAUUAUAUCAUUGCAACGUGUGCUUGUAUUUAACUAAAUAAUGAAAGUACAUCAUCCCUCAUCUACAUUUCAGAUCGCGCAAUGAGUAUAUCGUUCUCGAUAUAACGUUCGUGUGUACAGUGAAAUUAUACGCGGAGAAAAAAUUAUCUGUCUCAUCUCGAUUGUGUUUUCUAUCGUUCCAUUUUGGUGAAAUAAUUUUUUCUCCAAUGUAUAACUGUGUCAAAGUCACGACUUUCUCAAAGUUCCGCGUGCUUUUUGUAAACCGAACAUUAAACAGCCUAAAUCUCGCUAGGUUCUAAAGAAAUGUUUUUUAAAAUCCUUCGCAUUAAAACUUACACUUGAGUUAUGGCGAUUUUUUAAUCUUGAAUGAUAUACAGCACUUUUCCUUGAAACGAACACAAUAUUUGGCAAUUUUAGCCAAUGUAAUAAUGAAAAACGUGCGCAUGAGAGACUGUAAGCUUAGAUCGUCGUACAUAUCAUAGAAGACGCGUUUUAUCAUAUAAUAGGGACGAAAGGAUUCGCUGUCUGCUGGCCUAUCGAUACAUUAACAAACUAUAUAUAAUACACACACAUAUACAUUGCGAAUAAAAGAGAUAUAGAUCAUUAUUCAUCGUCGGACGCGAGACUGCAAGUUAAAAUAUAAAAACAAACGAGCCUUCGUGUGACAAAAAAAGAAGAGUGAUAUGGAACGGGAUUUAGCGCAUCGAUCGAGUCUUUUUAUUACGCGUAGUCAUGAAAAAAAAAACCAAUAAUGCUUAACUUGGUGGACGUUACGAAUCGCUUUAACUGUUUCCCGUAGAUACAUAACGGUAUUUUUCAAAUAAAAGCAAGUAGCUGAAGGUUUUUUCGAGUUUCUAGAUUCAUAAUUCCCACUAGCUGUCGUAUACUUAUAAAAGCUCUAUAAACUCUCUAAUCGAGGCUUGUACAAUGCAAAUCCAUGAUAUAAGAAAAACUAAAAUCCACAUGUAUAUGUUUUUCGAAGCGUAGGCGCAUCAUGCGAAUAUGUUACAUACAUAUCCACGUACGAACGAACGAAAACCUCGUACAGUCUUUUUUAUCCUCCAAACGAGCCAUAACGAGAGAAAAAAGACGCAGCAAAGAAACACCUCCACAUACAAUAUCAUACGAAUCGUAUAAUCACACGAUCCAUCAUCAAUCUCAUAAUCAUGCGGCUUUAUCAUUGAAGCGAACAAGAGUUAACAAAGCAAGGAAAAUAAUGCUAAUUUAAACGAAUGCGUGAAGUGAUUAAGUGCAGAAAGAAAAUAAUAAUAGUAUAAUGAAAUAAAUAAUGAAAUAACUAUAGUAAACAGAAAAUAAUAAAUACAAGCGAGAGAGAAAGAGAGAGAGAGAGAGAGAGAGAGAGAGAGAGAGAGAGAGAGAGAGAGAAAGGCGAGAGAUUAAUAAACUGAAAGGAAUUUAAUAACGAGCGCGUGCAACGUAUAUAGGUAACUCCAUAGCUUCGUGCAUUACAAUUAAAUGCGAUAUGUGCAGCAGCGAGAGAUUUAAACGGGGCGACGAACACACACGAGUGAAAUCGUUGAUCCAAUAAACCAAGUAAUAAACGAAAAGAUAUCCAGAGGGAACAUCGUGAUUGACAGAAAACGAUUAAUGAAAAUUAUUAUUAUUUUCGACCCGAUGUUUAACUCGAAGAAAAAAAAACACACACACAAACACAAGCUAAGCGAGUCGAACGAUUUGGUAAGCGCAAAGCGAUUACGCAGCUCUGUAAUAAUCGUCGCGAAUUACGAAGAAAAACAAAGUAAUAACGAUGAGAUGAAGGCGAGAAUACGAGAGCGAGAGAAAGAGAAAGUGCGUGAAUCGCUCGAGAAUUGAAAAUUCUAGUAUAUAUAAAUAUUUAUAAAUACGCGCAGAGAGUGAGAGCGCAUUUGAAUGGGUGUGAGCUGCUAACGAAGAAAACAAAUAUAUAUAAAUAAUAAACAGAGUGUGUCGAGAGGAUGAAACCGAUUGUAAUUUUUUUUUCAUUUGAGCAUUUCGAUGCGCGAGCCUUGUCGGCGACUUAUACAGCUGGAGCGAUGUAAUUAUUCUAUGAGCGUAUAUAAUAUAGACAGACACACUGAAACAAGAACAUGUAUACCGGCAGGCGAGUACAUGCAUAUAUUAUCCUCUAUCAGUAUUUAUAAGUACGAGGCGAACAUCCCGUUGAGUACAUAUGAGCCGAAGGAAAAACAUGAUGAAUAUAUACAUACACGUAUAUAUAUUAUACAUAUGUUAUAUUAUACAAUGUAUAUUAUAAUUAUAUAAAUACGCGCGCGGUUAUAUAGCGAAUCAUGUAAAAGAUGGUCGGCGCGUGACGAGCACGUUUUGUUUGACGCUGAGAGAGAAUGAAAGAGAAGAUUAGACGUAAAAGAGUGAUGGAGUGUGGCAAUUUUUUGAAAAUUGCGCGACUCUCGCUGAAUUAUUAAUUAUUAUUAUUAUUAUCAUUAUCAUCAUGAUUAACAUUAUAUUAUUAUAUUGUAGGCGACGAAACGAACAUAAUAUGAGUAUCGAUAUGACGAUCACGAGGAAAAAGAAAUUCUCGAUACCAAUAGCGUAUAUGAUAAAAAAGAAAGGGACGACUGACCGCUAACGCUUUGAACCAAAAUUACUAUUAAUCGCAAAGCACUUAUGCGCGAGAGUAGGAUGGCUGGUUAUAAAAUUAUUAAUUAGUUCUCCGGAGACAAACUGGUUUGUCUCGGUUUACAUUGUGUGACGUCUAUGAAUUAAAGCUUCGCUAAGGUUGUUUUCAAAGCUCUGCUUGCAAAAUUUCUUUUUUUUUCUUCGAAUCACGACACUUCCUUCUUUUGUUUUACUUGAAAGCCAAUCAGGGUUGAUUCGCAUCCGGGAGUGCAUUUUUUAGUUUAAUUAAUCGAAAGCAGGAGUGUGAUGGAUUAGCCUGCGACUGAAAGGCACUUAUGAUUGAAAUGCCAUAGCGAGGCUUGAACGUGAUUGAAAAGCGAAAAAGCGAACGAAUCCAGUGAAUGCGAAGUAGUAUUGAAAAAAAACCAUAAUAAUAUUAAUAAUAAUCGGUGUAGGAAGAAAGCGUCAAUUGCAACUCAAACAAAAAUGAGACUAGCGCAACAGAUAAAAAAUAACAUACAGAGAUAUAAUUGCUAUAGAAAAUAGAUGGAAAUGCUUCAUAUUAAUCGAUUGUAAAACUAUAGUUAAAGAAUAAAAAAAAGUAAACGUGUAUGGAAGAAAUGAAACGGAGUAUAUAAGCUAGUAGUGUAUACCGUUGUUUUGUUGAUUGUUUUUGAUAGAUUUUAUUAAUGAAAAAUGAAAACACACCGUCUCCACGUCUCGUGCAACGCAAGAAAAUACCGAAGGCUUGCCCUGUGGCGUUAGCUUUGCGUAUAUAAGAAAAAUAAACGAAUAUUUCUUUUGAGUCGUACGAAUAACCGACGACGUUUUAUUGUGUACAUUGUUAGUUAAAUAUUUGAAGUGACAAAACUUUGAAGAGUCUCUGAUUUUUCAAGAGUGUUGCGUAGUCUACUAGUCGUAAUUCAUUUGUAAAUAAAUAGUAGCAUUGUUGGGUUGUUGGCUGAUUUCUUUUCUGUUUUUUUCCGAAAGUAAACGCAUACAACUCGAAACAUGGAAUUGAGCAGUGAUUUAAUAGUACACUGGCGAGAUAUCGCCCGAAGCAAUUUAUGAUUUCGUCCCUGCAGAUGAAUUUGCAAGGAAGAAAAUUAUCUAACGAGCAUUGCUCAAAUAAUACAGGUGCUAAUCGUAUACUUAUUUGUAUAAAUAGUUGAAAAAUGUUUUCUGUAAUGAUUUUAAAGGGAGAAAAGCAAUAUGAGAACUGAUUUUUAUUUCACAUAUUAAUCUUUCAAAAUUAAUUAUUUUUACGUUUUUAAAUUGAUAAUUUUAAAUUGGUAUGGAAUACCCUGAAUAAAAACUGAAGAAAAAAAACAAUUAUCGCGAAUUCUCUCGAUAUACCUCCUUGAAGUGAAAUUUCCCAUUAAUCAAAUCAAUUAUGCUUUGGACAGAAAUUUCAACUUUAAGCAGUAUUUCGAGAGCAUGUUAGAGAAACUUUACGGGUUCGCGAGGUAACGCUGGUCAAUUCGAAGAGUCAAAUUCUCGGAUCGAACGAAGAGAGAACGAUGAAGAAAGCGAAUUUUAAUAGCACGUGGAGAAUUUUCCGGCGCAUUAUUGUGCAUGCGCUAGAUGUAAUCAAUUUUUAACGAAAAAUGCAUAUAUGCGGCGCGAGACAUGGUCACGGCGUAAGCCGCGGUGACAGGACUAUUUUUCUAAGUUGCAAAAUAUAAAUGCAUAAUGGAUAAAUUAAUAACGUUGCAUUGUCGUUAUUAGAGUAUAUAUUAAUAGUAUAUAUCGAAUAUUUUAAAGAAACUAUAAGGCAGAGUGUAAAAGAAAGUCAAAGAGUAAUAUUAAAAGAGGUAAAAGAGAGGAUAUUUACGCAGGUUUGCCGAGCGGUCGGUCGACGAGAGAAAAACAAAGAAGAAGCUAAUCGAAUCAAUUAACACGCGUGUCGAGAUUUUUUCGUGAUCGUGAUAUUGAUACAUUGCGGAGGGUGAACAAAAGAAAAAUCGAUGGAAUAGGGUGAAUCUACUGAUUGUAUAAUGUGCGAACGACGUUAUAUUUAUUGGACGAAUGCGUGAGUUAUAGGCGAGUGAAAGAGAGCGACAGUGUCGUGGACGAUUCAUUUUCGUGGGAUGAGACGAAGCAGAAAACUACUUAUGUAUGAGUGUUGUAACUCGCGAUUGAUAAACGAAUAUAAAAAAAUGUGGCUCUCGUGGAGAGCGAUAGUAACACAAACGACGUGAUGGAAGAGUAUAAACACAAAAAAUAAUAAUAAUGAUGAGAAUGAGAGGAGAAAAAGGCAAAUUAUCGAAUCGUUCUGUCAGUCACCUCACACCUAUGAUAUAUUAUACAAUGUCAUGAUACUAUGCUGCCAUACAAUAUAAAUAUAUGUCUACGAUAAGGAAACAGUAUAUGACUAAAGAAAAAAAAACAAAAAAAAAUAAAUAUGUUAUAAGCACGCGCCUCGGCGGUGAUGACGUCAUAUUCUACUGUGUCACUUGAUUUAUUUCGAAGCCUGUAACCAACCCUUUAUCCGCUUGGCCUUCCUUUUAUAUUUGAUUUGCGUUACAAAAGACGUAAUGUGUACCGUAGGCUACUUCACCUCGUGUUUGCAUUACUAGGUCAAGAAAGGCCCGUUUCUAGCCCAUGGUACACAGCAUACUAUUUGGUUUGUGCGGUAACGUUUACUUUCCUAAAUGGAAAAUCGAAACCCAAGAGCAAACUGGUGCACGAAAUAGACGCAAGUAUUCUUUUCCUUUUUCUCAGUUUGAACAAGUUUCGCGAGUUCUCAUUGAAUUUAGAUUUAUGGCUAUUGCAACAUCCAUCUCGGGAGAAUUUUUAUGCGCAGAGUUACAAUUGAAAAUUGCUAAAUUACAACCGUAUAUAAAUUUUUCGUUUCAUCAAUACGUAUCAGAUAAGUAUGGAAACCCAUACAGUGAUUGUAAAUUUUGUCGGCGAACAUUUUUGCCAUACCUCAAUAGCGGCCCAGCCAUGUAAGAAUAUGAAAUAAAUAUUCUAAUUUGCAGCUGCAGUUAUAGCAUGAACGGUUCAAGCAGUAUGUUUUGCCACGGACGUCACGCUUUUGAUGAGGGAAACAGAAAGUUGCCUAUGCGCCACCCAUCGUCGCUAGCCAGGCACUAGAAAGCUGAAGCGGUGGUGGAAAUUAGACCAGUCCGAAUAUGUUUUGUUUUACAGCUAAUAUAGGCUUGGCGCUGCUAAUACGACUGAUUCCGCGCAGUUUAAUAACACCUCAGCAUACACGUUCCAAUAACCGAUAUUCACGAAAAUGACGAUUAGUACCAACCGUAUAAUUCCACGAAGCGUAACGCGAAAUUACAUUCGAAUCCUAUAAUCUAACUCUGGCCAUAAGUGACAGAUAUACCUUUUCCGCGUGCGGAAAAAACUGGGACGUCAAAGUUCGUUUACACGCUCGAUCGACCUACCUCGCCGCAACGAAACUCGCUCGGCCGGUUUCCGCUCGCAGUGGUCCCCCCGCGAUGCACUUUUUUCACUCGGAAUUCGCGCGCUCGGGUUUCUCGACCUCGGGCCUAACGGUGCACUGCGCGCAUGUGGGCAUCUUUUUUCUCUCGAGCAUAAUAUGGUAAUUGAGGUGAAGUUGGUCGUUCGCCGUUUUAGGGGAUAUGAAAUAUAAUUUUACCGAUUUUUUCAAAAAUCUUACGCAAACCGAAAGAUCGACUGCAAGGUUUUCCACCUCAUGAAUAAUCCUCCAAGGACCUAUGCACAAACGAACGUCGUCGUUCGCCCUUGCAUCAAGAGUCCACGAGCCUCGCAAUCCCAGCGCUUUCAAAAACCAUCGACCGCAUAUACGCUACAGCACACUCCCGCCAAUUUCCUUACUCGCUUACUCGCAAAAAUUGAAGACGUCUAACAACAUCCGCUGUCGCCUCGACUGCAGCGUGUCUCUCGUAACUCUCAGUCGUCGUCGAGAGAGCGGUGCAACUGCAGCUGCACAGUUUAAUGACCGGUGAAAGCUAUACCUACGGGCAGUGCUGUGCGCUGCGCUGCGCUGCUCGCGUAGACGCAGCGCCGAAUUAUACAUUAUUCGCGGUGCAGUGCCGUGCGUGCCCUCCUCCGUCGUUUAUAUAGUCGUUGCAAAUUGCGCAACCGAACGCAGAGGCGAUUGCGGUCAGGCGAAAGUUUAGUCGCGAAGCAUCGUUAGCCGGUAUAGAUGCAUUCCGGAGAGCCCGCAGGAACAAUGAGGAGCAACGACGGAAUUAUGCGAGGCGGAGGAGAUCGUUGCGGCUGGGAUCGAGUUAGUGAGUACUGUUGAGAUGGAAAAAAAUCGUUUCGAGUUUGCUUCGGUUGGAAUUUUCCGCGAAUCGCCUUUUAAGCCGAUCGCUCCGUUAUACCAGGCGCGUCAUGCUUUCACCGCGCGCGUCUGCGCUAAUCAUAUUCAUAGGGAAAAAUUUUUCUCCGCUGUUUCACACUGCCCUGUGCGUGCAAUCGUUCUUCGCGAUAGUUGAGUGAUUGCCAUCGAUAAAAAUGAACGUUGAAAAAAAGAGCGUCGACUUGCGUCGAUCAACCUCGUGCAGAAAAAAGUGGAAUACGCAGGUCUGAAAUCGAAUGCAAAAAUGACUUUCGAACGAGUCGAGCGUGUCGAAUAAAAUUCAAUAUCAAGCUCGUGAUUCGUCGCGCGAUUAAUAACACAGCGCACUAGAUCUAUCCCGCCGACCUCGAACCACAUUCCCUCCGAGUCGACUCUAGAGACAGGACACUUUCAGAGAUCCUCGAUCCCUCGAAAACACAUCAAUAAACACUAGAAGAAGAAGAAGAAGAAGAAGCAGAAGAAGAAGAGAAGCGCGAAGAGGAGAGGGAAACAAUCGCAAGAGUGAAGGGGAGUAGCUGCCGGUGCGUGGAGAUAGUUUUCCCGCGCGACGCCGCGGCAGUUUGGGAAAGACAAGGAAAGAACGGCCGGCACGACGGAGCGAGAAACGAAAUCGCGCGAUUCAGGGUCAAGAGCGACCAUGAGGAGAUCCUUGAUCCUGUUUUCGAUUCUACUCUCGGUCGGCAGCAUUCGGCAUAAUGUGCGGAUGCCAGAGAGGAGAAAUCGCAUGCUGAUGAUGCAGCGACGAUUAGGCAAUGGUCGUGGAGAUGUCGGACAGAAAGUUUGUUAUGAGCUUCUGGGCUGCUUUACCGAUCGUCAACCCCUGGCUCUGAAACGUCCGCCUCAGGAUCCGAGUGUGAUAAAGACGCAGUUCCACAUGUACACGCGGGAAAAGCGGAAAGAGCCGGACAUUCUUAAUUACGGCGAUAAGCUCCAGUCGAUGAGCCAGUCGAAAUUCAACGGUACCAGGAAGCUCAAAGUCAUCAUCCACGGUUACAAGGGCAGUGGGAAUAACGAGGGGGCCAUCGCUGGGGUUCAGGCCUUCUUAGAUUUGGAAGACGCGAAUGUGGUAGUGGUAGACUGGGCCAAAGGUGCCGGUUCGACUUACGGCUUGGCAGUCUCCAACGUGGAGCUAGUGGGCCGUCAAUUGGGUCUCAUCCUUCUGGACGCUGUACACAUGGGUGUGAAUCCACGGAACAUCCAUCUGGUGGGAUUUAGUCUGGGUGCACACGUGGCUGGUUGCGCCUCUGAAGUGCUUAAGAAAAACAAUAUUCUACUGGGACGUAUUACCGGUCUGGAUCCAGCUUCGCCUUUCUUCAGGGUCCACUUGUUCAGGGAGAAGUCCAGGAAGCUCGACGCGUCCGAUGCGAGACUGGUCGAUGUCAUUCACACCGAUGGAUCGGUAGAUUUCGCCGAUGGCUUUGGAUUACUGAAGCCGAUUGGGCACAUUGAUUUCUUCCCCAACGGAGGAAGACAGCAACCGGGCUGCAAGGAUGUGAAGAAUUCGGUAGUUGUGUCUCAUCUCAAUGAGGACAGCUUGGACAUCCACAUCGCCUGCAGCCACGUGCGCUCGUGGUUCCUCUUCGUCGAGAGUCUACAAAGCCACGCCCACAACGGCUGCAAAUUUGAGACCUGGCCCUGCAAGCGCAGAUUCGGCAGUUACGCCGCGGGCUCGUGUUUUCCACCAGAAGAGUCCACGGCUGCGCCUGAACUAGGCUACGCGGCGGAUCACGGCCCCACAGGACUGUACUAUCUGCCGACCAGAGCGGAACCACCUUAUUGUGGUUAUCCUCUUAGGGCAGCUGUGAAGGUGGCUGAAAUCGAGUUCAGGCCGAAGGGUGUGUUGAGCGUAAGGCUGGAUCACGGAGCGACGAGGACUAAUUUUAAGAUUUUAUGCGACCAAUCGGCUUUGCCACCACUGUCGAGUCUUAAUAAUCGAAACAAUCCCCAGCCUACGUUUUACAACGUGGAAGCAGCUGAUUUUGGAGCGUUCCACGCUAAUGUUACCGAAAUAGAGCUGCACAUUAAGUUCGAAGCUACGAUCCCGGAAAAUAAACCACCCGAGGUCGUGUAUCCGGAAAUUCUCCUGAUAAACAAAAUUUUUUUGGAAGACCGCAGAGGCCACAGAUGGGAGUUAUGUAACUUAAAUUUGCCUGUUGGAUCGAGAGAGGAAAGUUUAACUCUGAAAAGCCAAAAAUGUUCAUAGUCGUCGAGGCGUUUUGAAAUAUCUUUUUAAGUUAAGUUAUUGCCAUUACUUUUUAUUGCAUAAUAUAAUUUAAGAAUCAUUUAUUUAUCUAAUCAUCGUUCAUUAAUAAAGAAAUUAUUUGUUCA